AUGACCGCCCUCCCUCCUCCUCCGUCGUAUCCAUUUACGGAGCAGGCGGCGCAUGAUGAGAAGCAAUACGGGCCACCCGUCAUGCCGCCGCCCGCCCUUUUCGCGGCCGGGCCACCUGUUGUUGUUGUUGUUGCUGGUGCAGCAGCACGCGCAGGUUGCUGCGUCUCGUCUGCACCUCAUUCGACCAGCAGCUGCAUUGCCGACCGGCAGGCAGUGCGUGUGAGUGAGCCCGCCGAUGCUUGGAAAGCGAAACCAACAAACCAACAACCCCCCGCCGGCCUUCCCCGGGUCUGUCCCGUCUCCACCACCGCAUGUGCCAUUUCUCAGGCCAUGCAUGGAUGCAUGGCCCAUCGCCAUCGGGCGCGUGACGGCGGCGGGAACGGCUCCACCAGAGGCUCAAAUGAAUGA